CAGGAUUUGGCUCAUCGCAGAUCCGGAAGGAGAAGGGGGAGGAGAGGAAGCUCAAGCACGAGCACCUGCUGCUCAAGUAGCGGAACGACGCAGGGGCCGCAGAUUGUGCUCUGCUGCAGAGGAAAGGCUCGGAAACGAACGUAGCCAUGGCUGCAGCUCUGCGGUCUUCGCUUGCUCUCACGAUCUCUUCGUCCUUGUGCUCCAGGGCUGCUCCUCUGAUAUGCUGCGGACUCCCUGCCCUAGCCUUUCCCCGCCGUGUCGAGGUGAAUUCCUGCGGUGGUGCUCGAGAUGGAGGCGUCAAGGCACGCGCAAUCGGUGACCGCAGUUACGUGCGUCCUUUCAGCCUGGCGGCCUCCGAGAAGAAGAAGCCUCGAUCGACGGCCUGUGCCGCGGCGAGUGUCGAAGUCGGAGGAUUGACUCUGAAUCGCGACGAGAUUGUGAGAGAGGAUGAUCCCACGAACAAUGUGCCCGACUCCGUGUUCACGAAAAUUGGGCUCCAGCUGCACAACAGGGAGAAUCAUCCUCUCGGAAUUUUGAAGAAUGAAAUCUACAGUUAUUUUGACGAGAGAUUUCAAGGCGAGUUCAAGAAGUUCGACGACCUUAGCCCUAUCGUCACUGUCAAAGCCAAUUUCGAUGAUGUGCUCGUCCCUGCGGACCACGUGAGCCGCAGAAUGAAUGACACAUACUAUGUGAACUCCGAGACCGUCCUGCGUUGCCAUACGAGCGCCCAUCAGGCUGAGAAGCUCCGUGAAGGCAACACGCACUUUCUUGUGACAGGAGACGUGUACAGAAGAGAUGCCAUCGAUGCCACGCAUUAUCCGGUUUUUCAUCAGAUGGAAGGAUUUCGGGUAUUCACCCAGGACGAAUGGGAAGCGGCUGGGGUUGACGGUACCACAUUGGCAUCGAAGCACUUGAAGGAAACUCUAGAAGGGCUUGCCGAGCGUUUGUUCGGGAAGGUCGAGAUGCGGUGGGUGGACACCUAUUUCCCCUUCACGGAUCCAUCAUACGAGCUGGAAAUUUUCUACCAGGACAAGUGGCUCGAAGUUCUUGGAUGCGGUGUAGUUGAACAAGAAAUUUUGAACAGGAAUGGUCGCGGUGGUACCGUAGGCUGGGCGUUUGGGCUCGGAUUGGAACGUUUGGCCAUGGUUCUUUUCGCAAUUCCGGACAUUCGGCUUUUCUGGUCAGAUGAUCCCCGAUGGACCACUCAAUUCAAAGCAGGGCAACGCACCAAGUUCAAGUCGUUUUCGAAGUAUCCCCCCUGCUACAAGGAUAUCAGUUUCUGGAUCAGUGACAAAUUUUCCGAGAACAAUCUGUGCGAGGUUGUCAGGGGAAUUGCUGGGGAUUUGGUGGAGGAGGUGGUUCUGAUUGACGAGUUUGAGAACAAAAAGAAGGGACUGACCAGUCAUUGUUACCGGAUUGCUUAUAGGUCCAUGGAGCGCUCUCUGACUGACGAAGAGAUUAAUGACUUGCAGGGAAAGGUGAGGGAUCAAGUGCAGAGCAAACUUUUGGUAACUUUGAGAUGACAGAAAGUGGAGCGCUUAAUUGUAGGAGCUCUGUAGUCAAUGUUGUACAGUUUCAAGUUCUAAGAUUCUUUACUUCCAAGUGUUCGAUAUUUACCUGUAAUACAUUAUGGUCCUAUCAAAACGUCCU